AGUUCAACCUUAAUUUGUUUUUCUCCAAAUGUCUAUACUAAAUUCAUGAUUUGUUUCUGUUUGACAGGAUACGGUCACAUCGCUCCGGUCACAAUCCCCGGUCAAAUCUUCUGUAUUAUCUAUGCAUUGGGAGGUAUACCAUUAAUGCUGCUCGUACUGACCAACGUCGGUCGAGUCCUGGCGAACGUUGCCAGACUACUCUACAUCAUGUACACCAGUAGACUGUGUCAGAGAGUACGCAUGCGUUGUAGGCAAAGAAGAUCAAGGAAAAGGGCAAGGAAGAUGGCGAGAAGAAGAGGCAUGGGACGUAAAGACUCUGCAAGAUCUACUCGCUCCACCCGCAGCCGAAGUAGUAAGAGCAGCAAGGCCAGAACCGUCAAGAAGACCCCUAGCCAGGCAACGAUCCGCGUUGAUUCCGAGCCUUACCGGGAAGGCCGACCGAUGUCGGUCAACAUGGAACUUAUUCGGAGUGAGGCACCAUUACCUCCCUCGUACGAUGAGUCCAACGAAAUCGAAGAGAAACACUCCGAUACACGUGAAAACGCCGGCAUGUUCUCAGAGGAGAGCACCAAACCCAACCUGUCUGAGAACCCAGGUCCUGUGCAUUUUGAGAUAUCGCCGACUGAGGAGUCGUUGCCCAAAGUGUUCCCAAUCAGUACACCUGCUACUAAUAAGACCCCGAUCGGGAAGGCACCGACGGCCGAUAUGGAAGAUUUAGACUUCGAUGACUUGAGUGAUUUUGACGAACCGGAGCCAGAGGUGAUUGUAGUUAAAAACAAAACCCCUGAAAGUGAUACCAGAUCAAUAAAAUCCUUGGUCACAGCACCAGGAAAGACCGUAAAGACUAAGGAUCCUGUAUAUGUAGAGACAACAUGCCACCCCUCCAAAGACAAGAGAUGUGAAGGCACUGAUGUCCAACUUGAUAAGAAACUUGGUCGUGCAUCUUCAUCAAUAACUCUAGGAGAACAUUUUGAUAAAGGGCUACCACCAAGACAACAUUCAUGUCUUGAGCUUCGACAAUUAGACGGAAAUCGCUCAAUCUCUUUCAAUAUGGAAGAUAUUGCAGAGGACGAGGAAGAAAGUGCACCUAAGGAAGACGAUGUAUUUCUCCCCAAACCAUCUAAGAGUGCGGAUGACCUCAAUAACGAGGUCACAGGCAGUGCUACCGAUCUAAACAAAGGCAAAAAGAAGACACGCGGCAAAGAUAGAUCUAAGAAAAAAGUGAAGAAUAAACCCAAAAGGGAUUUAGAAAGUGCCUCAAAGGUCAGGUCAUCAAAACAUCGAAAAAAUACCGAGGUCAGAAUUGUCGAAAGGAGGAAAGGAACACCAAAGAAACGCAAAACCAAAAGACCCGUCAUGUCACCACCUACCCUGAGAUCGUUACACUCUAAACAAUUGAAAAUACUGGAUUCAGCAACGGCUGUCCGGCUCGCUACUUAUGAUAAAAGCUUUGGGAGCAGCCGAGAGGACUUAACAUCGCUCAUACCUGCCCUAAAACACGAGAAAGUUCGGCUGCUUUGCGAGUACGACCGAGGAGUGAUUCGCGAUCGAGUACAUAAUCCCCGUGCUCAACGUAGGCGGCGCGCUGGUACGACGGACAGUGGGAGUACCCGUAGUAGAAGCAGCAGAGGCGAUCGUAGACGGAGGAAGAGGGGCAGAGACUCUGGUAGCCUAACCCCUCUGGGUUCCGAUCGUACAUCGGUGUUUGAUAGUGACACGGAAUCUACUGAUACAGAUGACCCCGGUGCUGACCCCCUCCAACAGGCUGAAAUCCCAAUCGGACCCGUCUUAGCGUUCUUCUUCGGCUACAUUACGCUCGGUGCCAUCAUGUUCUUUUUCAUUCAAGAAAAGUGGAAUCUUUUCGAGUCUUUCUAUUUCUGUUUCAUCACUUUAACAACAAUAGGGUUCGGAGACUAUGUACCAGCGGAUAAACUGCAUAGCUUACUCGCCUGCUGUAUGUAUACCCUCGUUGGUAUGGCAGUCACCUCAAUGUGUAUUGCACUGAUUAUGAAGAAGUUCGUGGUCACGGUGAAGCACAUUGGGCGACGUGUAGGAAUAGUUGGUGACGACGAUUGACAAAGCGCCCCCAGCGGUGAGGAAAGUGAAAGUGACUCAUCGCCAGAGGGGGUCGUAGAAUAAAACUAGCAAUGUAGAAAUAAUACCUUGAGAACGGUUCUGUAAUAUAAACCAUACAAUGGAGAGUAUCUUUAUUGAGAAUUACAAAGUUACAACAAAAGAACAUUUUUCACGAUAUUUCCAGAUGUUAUCGACAUCAAGUUUUGUGGUGUUUAUAUAGUACAACAGAAUAUCACUCCUUCAUUUGUACAGUCUACACUUUAACGUAUUUAUCUUCCGAUAAAAGCAAUACGUUUGAAUACUAUGUUUAAUGUACGGUGGUGAGAUAUUUUGUAUGUAUUUAUUACUUGUAAAUCAAAACACAUAGGAACGCAGUGACUAUUUAGAGAGAAACUGACACUACUGGAGGACUGAGUAUUAUAACUGGAUCAAGAAACAUCCCUAAUGUGAGAGAGGUUAACUCAAAGAGGUGUUUGGAAAGAACAAGCAAAAUUGUUUGUGAGAACAAAAUCUAAUUUCAAUAAGACUAAUAUUCUAUAAUAACAAAAAUCCUAACCAACAUAAGCCAACUGUUCUACUUCGUGUAAAAGAAGCAGUGAAUAUAAAGGAAAGGGAAACAUAAGACGUGUAAAAAGAAACAGACGAAAAGAAGCACAAAAAGAUAAACAGAGAAACAUAAUAAAAGAAGGAGAAAUAUUGUAUACAAAAAGAGAAAAGUAGAAAAACAACACACGGCGCGAAACAAAAAUGAAAGUACCUUUAAAAACGCUGAUGAGGUCGACACGGCUUUGGAAUAUUUUGAAGCACGCCCUCUUUCAUUAUCAAAGUUUGCUUAUCUGCGCUGAAUGCGACGUAAUAUUUUAAUGUAAACGGAUCUUACAUGUCCUUUUAAAUCUUCCGAACAACCAUUGCUAAACUAAACUAUAUCGACAACGACUGACACCAUGUAUAAAUUUAGUUUAAAAAAGAGAUGUGACACAUGACAACAAAUCCAGGACGUACUUACCGACAAAAAACAGACACUAGACAACACAUAACUAAGUAUAAGCCUAACUAUAGAUAGACCAUGUGAACUUUGUUACAACAAGUGUGACCUUGUACAUUCUUUGAGUAUUCUGGCAGGCACACUUCU